AGCCAGCCAGCCGGCGGCCAGCCCCACCCAAUUUUGUUUCUCAAGCAUCUGCCUGUGUCCUGCUCAAUGCCACACUGUCACACUUAAGUCACCUGCUCUUCCAUGUGCUGAAGACUUGCUGAAGCCAGGCCAACUGUGAUAUUUUAUUCCUCAUUUGUAAACACCUGUUAGUUCUGAAGCUCUAGAGAACAUACUCAAUGCUGACCAAAAUUGCCAAGGCUACUCAGAAUAACACUCAAGUACUCAAGUUCUGCCUGAUAUACUAGCUACAUGGAUGACUGAGCUUUUAAAGACAAAAGGAAACAAAUAAAUAAACCCAUCUACAUUGGGAAGAUUCGUCAUACUAAAACCAACAUCAACGAAGGCUACCAUGUUGACCUUAGCCACCAAGAUUGUGUUGAUUUCAAGUCUGUUCAUUUCACUACCAUUUGGGAUGCCUCAGAAACAAAAUCCAAGAAGAAAUGUAACUCAGCACACUGUAGAAGAUGUGAAAACGACAAGAAACAAAUCCAUUCAUUUGGAAGGAAGCAUAAAUAUAACUUCAGAAAAUGGAAGUGAUAUCUCCAAUCUCAUGGUGACAGCUCCUUCUGUUUUGGAUUUAUCCACAACCUACAAAACAACAAAUUCCACCAGAAACUGGCCAAUGGCUAGCUCAGCUGAGCGUCUAAGACCUUCCUCCACAUAUUCUGUUCCUCCCUUGGUUCAGGGCUUUGUUUCCAAGUUGCCUUUGAACUCAUCCUCAGCAGAUGUAAAUCCUUUACAGGUCUCAGAGCAUUCCAAUUCUACACAUUCCCCGUCACCAGAAAACUUUACUUGGUCUUUGGACAAUGACAUGAUGAGCAGACCUGAAGAUACUUCCAGUACAGUAAGCCCCUUCCCCCCACCUCCAACGACCACACCUGUAACCCCUUUCACAACUGAACCUACUGGAUGGCUUGCCACAAACACUGACAACUUUGCUGGUUUUACCCCAUAUCAAGAAAAAACAACUUUGCAGCCUACCUUAAAAUUCACCAACAAUUCAAAACUUUUCCCCAAUACAUCAGACACCCCAAAAGAGAAUAAGAACACAGGAAUAGUGUUUGGAGCCAUUUUAGGAGCAAUCCUGGGUGCUUCAUUGCUUAGCCUUGUUGGCUACUUAUUGUGUGGACAACGAAAAACAGAUUCAUUUUCCCAUCGGCGCCUUUAUGAUGACAGAAAUGAACCAGUUCUACGAUUAGACAAUGCACCAGAACCUUAUGAUGUCAAUUUUGGAAAUUCUAGUUACUACAACCCAGCUGUGAGUGAUUCAUCCAUGCCAGAAGGGGGAGAAAGCGUGCAAGAUGGCAUUCCCAUGGAUGAUAUACCUCCACUUCGCACCUCGAUAUAAAAUUAGGAGAAAGAUGGAUGCAGAGGGCACAAGUUCAUCUCCAUUUUGACCUUUCAACAAAUUCAUCAUUCAAGAGGUUCUGCAAGAUUACUGCUGUGCUGCUUGCACAGGGAAUGUUGCAGUAGCAAGAGAUGUGCAGAAAAAGCUGGCUGGAUCCAUCAUCUAAAAGCUUUCUUUUCUUAUAGUCUUCAGCUGGGCUGAAGCAUCUGUUAUAUAACCAUAAUUUGUAUUUUGGUUUAUUUUCCAAGGAAACCUUUGUUGAAUAAGGUAAAAUUAAUGCACAUCACCAUGGUAGCACUGACUGAUAACUUAACAAUAACCUUCACACAAAAUCUGGGGAGCAAAACUAGAUUUUCUUUAAAUAGUUUGUUUCUAAACAAGAAACCAGAGUUAACUCUUCAUUCCUCUGUCUAUAAUCCAGGACCACAAAAUAAAAUGAGCAUUUUCUUGGGGGCAUAGUUUGGAUGAUUUUUGCUGGUUUGUUUCAAAGCCAGAAACAUGAUAUGGCAGAAUUUUUUGUCCUGAGAAAUUAAGGCAAUAAGAAUGAAAAGAUUGUCUCCUAAUACAUUUCACUCUUCUACAACAGCACACAUGGUCGGUCUCUUUGGCUGGCAUGUUGACAAUGGGGGCAUUCAACAGGGCUGCAGGAAGAAAACUGACUCUAGCCAGGAAAGUGAUAUCUUCCCUGAAAGUCCUCAAAGUUUUAAGCAACUUCAGCUUGCAUGAACACAUCAGGUUUCAAUUAAUAGACAACGUAGAAUCUCAAUUGGAAACAUGAGGAAAAAGUUGAGGAAUAUACUUGUACGUAGUUUGUAUGAAGUUAACUUGUUAGCUAGAAAUAUAAUUUGUAGUAUAUUAUAGAUGUUUGUUCAGUCAUAUGUGAAAUAUCUAUCACUCUGAAGGCAUGGAGCCCAGGGCAAAACAGAAAAGAGAGUUAGCAAGCAAACACAUCAUCACUUGAACAAGUAAUGAUACAAGAGACUUAAUUCUGGUUUUAGUUUGUUUUCGAUUAACACCUAUCUUUGACAGUCUGAGCCUCAAAGAUUAGAGAAUUAAAUAGAGUUAAAUUCCCAAGGAGUGGAUGUAUGAACAAAGCAAGUACUAUCUUAGAGGCUUUAUUGUUGAAUCAAUACAUGAUAUGAGUGGCACUUGCAUGUGCACACGUGUGUGUGUAACACAGAAAACAUUUUAGAAAGUCAGAAUUGUAAAAUGAGUAAUGAAAGAAAAUACUCACCCCAUAUUGCCAUAAAAAUAGCGAAGAAAACUGUCCCUCCAUUAUCAAACAAAUAUGUUACCUUAAUAAAUAGAAAAUAGAAAUAUUAAUCAUACUAGUGGUUGUACUAAAAUAGAGGUUAUUGUUUGCAUUAGGUCCUAUAGUUUCUCCCCAGGCUCUAUCACAGUGUUGUGUAGCCUGUUAAUCUAUUGACUUGGGAUCAGUUUUCCAGUAGUUUAUGCAAUUUUCUCACAGGAAGAGAUGAGGAAACAAUAGAUUUUUUUCUUUUUCUCACCUCCCUCUGGUUUCUUUGUACUCCACUUUCAUUUUGGCCUUUAGGUUGUUCUAAGUUCCCAAAGAAGCCAUUUUGUACUACAGUUGAAUAUACUAAAACCAUGAAAUAUAUGAAGUUAGUGUGUAACUUAAGGCAUAACACAUUUUGUUUCAUGUUGUUUCCUGUUAGUGACAAGUUCCCAGAAGAGGAAAGCUAUAAAAUACAGAAGUCUGGUAGUGAGCAAGCUUCUUCAAUUGAAAGUUGUAAUAGUAAUAUCACUGAUCUUUCAUGUCUUGUAAAAUGUGCCAUGGGUCCAGUAGUCAUUUAUUUCAUAUAAUGAGUUUUAUCUUAAGUUGUUGUAAGAUAUUUCAUAAAUCACUAAGCAUAUUUUAAUCAGCUGUUACCUUAUAUAGAGCUUGAUAAAGCAUAAAAAGUCAUUCAAUAUUAUAGAAUAUAAUUUUUAGAAUUGCAAGAAUGGAUAGACUUUAAUAAAAUUCAGAUUUAAUAAAA